GGGAACUGCGAGGCAAGCCAAACAAUAAGGAGCUGGCCUAAGCGGAUGAGUCGAAACACGCCUUGUUUACUGCGAGGGAUUCAUUUUAUACUCUUGCUGCCAAAAGCUAGAUCAUGGCUAAGCGUCGUAUAAUCGCAGUCAACUGUGUCAAAAAUUGCUUUCUUGUUUGUGCCACUUUUCUAUGGCUUACAGCAGCAGGGAUAUUCGGCGUUGGUGUGUGGACAUUGGCAUCUAAAAACGACUAUGAGGCAUUGCUUGGCAGUGUCAUGUAUGUUACAUCUGCUGGCAUGAUGAUUGCAGCUGGCAUUUUUGCCAUGUUUGUAUGCAUAUUUGGUAUCAUUGGUGCAAUCAGGGACAGUAGGUUUAUGAUUCUUGGGUUCUUUGUCAUGAUUACAAUUGUUUUCUGCAUGGAACUGGUUGCUGGGAUUCUAGCUUAUGUCUACAGAGGAGAAGUGCGUACUGAAGUAAGUAAAAAUUUGAAUGUGACAAUUGCAUCAAAAUUUGGUGUUCUGGGCCAUGAAAAGGAAACAAAAGCAGUAAGCCAGCUGCAAAGGACAUACCAAUGCUGUGGAGAUGUUGAUUUUUCAAGUUGGAAAAACUCUGCUUGGCGUAAAUUGAACAGUAAUAUUAGUGGCGUCGCAGAGGUUCCUGAUUCCUGUUGCAUAAGCCCCUCGGAAAAAUGCGGAGUAAGAACACACCCCUCAAAUGUGUGGCGAAAUGACCUUUUGCCUCUUGGUUGUUUCACAAAACUUGAAAGAUACCUGGAUGAUCACUUGUUCAUAAUGGGCAUCGUCGGUAUUUGCGUAGGCAUCGUUCAGCUCAGCUGCAUGGCACUUUCGAUGUGGCUAUAUCGACUUGUGGUGGACAGUUACUACUAAAACAAAACGACGAUAAUGAAAUUUGUAAUGUAUGCUUUCAACCAUUAACUCUUUUUACAUACAUCCUUGUAUUAUCCAAAAUGUAUGCUUGUAAUUGACUUUUAUAGCAUUUUAACGAGGUUGAAAACCAUAGAAUUAUAUUACUAGUCCCCCGAACACAACCCCUUCCCCAUCCCUGCACUGAAAAUGUAUCCUCUUCUAGUUUAACUCUAUGUUCAGAGGCUUUGUUUUCAAGAUGCAUGUCUGCAGCUUGUUAAUUUGACAAUUGUUGCGGCUUUCUAACUUUUAUUGAGCAGCAUACAGUUUUAGAUUAGUCCUAUUUUGUAAAAUAGCCCACAGGAUUGGGGGCUUCUACAUAAAUUUACCUACAUAUAUUGAGAAAAAGAAGGUAUGGUGUGAUUGAAUUUUGUAUGGUUUAACAAGGUACAGUGCAGCAUGGAACAGGCCUUGUUUUGUGAAUGGUAUCUACUGACCCGCAUUUAAUAAUAGUUUUGAUAGUAUCAUGUAGAGGCUCAGGAUUUGUUUAGAUUUUGUUGUUCCUUGGUAGACUUUUGUCUUGUACACAAAAAUACAUCGAAAAGCUGCAACCCGAAACUUUGUUUUGAAUUCUUGUCUAUUAACUCUUUUUCUUAGAUUCAUAACGUAAUCAGUAUUAACACGCAUUGGCAUAACAGUGGAGUAAUUUUCCUAUGAGGGAUGCCUUAAUAGGUUUUGAGGUACAGGGACGUGCCAUUAUUUAGGGGACCUUUUUCUGAAAAUUGCAGAAUUGUCGGUAUCAGUUUUCGAAAUAUGUCCGGAAUAAUGGGUACCAAUUGAAUAAACAUGCAGAUUUAUGAGUACCAUUUUGGGAAAAUAUUAAUUCAAACCUCACAUAAAAAUUAGAAUCUCCCUAGCUUUCCCUCCGUCCUGGAAUCAAAGCGCAUGCGCAUGGAACGAAGUUAUUAUUAUUCAUGCUCUCAAGUAAACAGUUCUAUGCUGGCCUUAUCCUGUUAGAUGCUGCAUAGAUUUCAGAGGCGCUAGUUUAGCCUUUUCAAAUAUUUUUCUGAAUUUUCAUUGAACGCGAGAAGUUUUAGUAAAAUCUUUCUGAUAAACAGCGAUCUACCCUAACGGCAUCAUUAAAAAUGAAAGAGGGGUUACCGCAUUACCGCAUUAACACAUUACCGCAUUACCGCAUUACCGAGAUUCUAGCCAAGUAGACGUGAAUUUUAGAGGAAUCUUCAUCCUGACCAAAUGAAUUGUAAACAAAGAGACAUAAGGUAAGAACCAUAUGCGAGCCAGCUACAUAUCAAAAUAAGUUAUUGUAUUACUGUAUUUAAUGUGUACUUUUCACUAGUUUUCUUUCACGCGUUCUGUUUCUAAAUAAUCCAUAAUGAUAGCUAUUUAGAUUUUAUGUUAUUAUAGACAUUGCCUUUCUAUUUAUCAUUAGUUAAAAGUUUUUUGAAUUAACAAGAAUUUUGAACAUUUCUUGCGUUUUCUUCUCCCUUACUUAAUCUGUUUAUAUUAAUUAAAUAAUAGAGAGCACGGUUUUUUUGUCCGGACCCACUCAAAUCCGGUACACAGUCUCUGCGAAUUAUUACCUAGCAACCAAAAUAGAAUACUAUAACACAGUCUUGAUGAUAUAAGGAAUAGGCCAUUUAAUACUGAGCGGAUAUGUAUCGGAAGAGGCGGUGUUAUCCCACUGCAGGAAUGUGAACUUCGAGUAAAAUAAAAGUAUGCUAAAGAAGAAAACAGAACGAGCCCUGAAAAGAUAAAAGCAAACUCGAACUAACCAAGAGCAAACUCGAGGAAAAAAACGAACUCUGAAAAGACUUGAGCAAACUCUAAUUUAACAAAAGCAACCCGUAAGAUAAAAAAAUAAACUCUAAAUAGCAAUCGAAGUCUAAAAGAACGAGAGCUCACUAAGGAAACAAAAGCAACAUUUCGAAAACAAAAACAUUCUAAAAAGACAAAAUCAAUCUCUCAGAUGAAAAAGAAAACUCUAAAAAUUUAAUCGAAGUCUAAAAGAAAGAGCCCACUAAGAAAACAUCAGCAAACUCUAAAAAGACAAAAACAAACCCUCAAAUAUAAAAGACAAACUCUAAAAAGCAAAAACACAAAAGCCCAGUUAUGAAGCAAUAGCAAACUCUAUGUUCUAAUUAACCAAAAAAAACUUUAAAACGACAACAGCAAGGUUAAAGAUAACAAUAGCAAACCUUGAGAAACAAUCUAAGUCUAAAAAAGCAAAAGCACAGUUAUAAAACAAUAGAAAACUCUAUAAAAACAAAAAAGAACUCUAAAAUGACAAAAUCAAACUCUCAGAUUACAAAAGCAAACUCUAAAAAGCAAAAAAAAACAAAAGCUCAGUUAUGAAACAAUAGCAAACUUUAUAAGAACAAAAAAGAACUCCAAAAUGACAAAAGCAAACUCUCAGAUAUCAAAAGCAAACUCUAAAAAGCAAAAAAAGCAAAAGCUCAGUUAUGAAACAAUAGCAAACUUUAUAAGAACAUAAAAGAACUCCAAAAUGACAAAAGCAAACUCUCAGAUAUCAAAAGCAAACACUAAAAAGCAAAAAAACAAGAGCUCAGUUAUGAAACAAUAGCAAACUUUAUAAGAACAAAAAAGAACUCUAAAAUAACAAAAGCAAACUCUCAGAUAUCAAAAGCAAACUCUAAAAAGCAAAAAAAACAGAA